AUGUCUGAGCUACGCCACGCACCAUCUACUCGAAAGCAGGGGAAACAGCGACAGCAUAUAGACGCUUUGCUCGGUCCACAAUAUGUGCUACUUCCUCCGGGUUGCCCGCCUGUAACCUCGGUGCGUCGAUGCCAGUCUACUCCCGGUCUCACCUAUCGAGUAUCUCGAAAGCUGUCCACGACCUUUGGACACCCUACCGUUAUUCGUCGGACAAGUCUCCGUUCCCGGCCUAGUAUUCCUGCUCUCCUGGCACCCUCUUCGGUAGGCACUUUAAGCAAGCAAGGUGACAAUACCCAGGACAGUUCAGACCCAUCUCAAGAUACCAGCGGCGGCAUUUCACCCUCACUCAGAGAAUCGACAAAUCCAACUUCCGAGGAUCCAUCUACCUUUCCUGAAACGAAGCGACCAUUAGAACGGAGUUUAUCUGUCUGGUCGCGGGAGACUGACAAAAAAUUGCGACCUAUAGAGGAGACGCCCAUUUCUUUUUCUCCGUCUAUUGUGACUGUUGAGGCGACGGCUACAGCGAAGAUCUUCUUCGAGACACACUUCAAUUCUAUUCUCUCGAGGACCUGCCCGCGCUCCCGGAGACUGCGAGAACUUGAAGGACAACUACGGUCCUUACCUAUUUCCUCAGAAGAGAGACGCAGGCUCAUAAAUGCCUGGGUUGUCCAGGAAAGCGAAUACCUUCGUCAGUCUAGGGUUCUAAAGACUCGUUCUAACUGCGUGCGUCGCAGUGAGACGGUCUCUGUUGCAGGAUAUGAGGUCAUCAAAGUCUUAGGCAAAGGAAGUUUUGGCGUUGUGCGCUUAGUCAAAGAAAAGAAAGAAAGUGACGAAAUCCAAGGAAACACUGUAGAUGAAGGAUUAGUUACCUCGAAGGGCGAUACCAGCCGUUCAAAGGCGACGACUCUGGAUGCGCUUAGGUCAGCUGUUGAUGGAACUCGAUCCAGUCGUCGAAGAGAUUUGACCAAGAUCAAGAAGGAAGUAUACGCCAUGAAAGUCAUACGAAAAUCGGACAUGCUAAGAAACAGUCAAGAGGGACAUUUGCGAGCGGAGAGGGAUUUCCUCGUCGCCUCUGAGAAGUCCCGAUGGAUUGUACCUCUUAUCGCUAGCUUCCAAGACACGCACAACCUCUAUCUCGUGAUGGACUUCAUGGUCGGGGGGGAUUUCUUGGGAUUGCUUAUUCGUAAGAACAUACUGUCAGAAGAAGUGACAAGAUGGUAUAUCGCGGAGAUGGUUCUGUGUGUCGAAGAGGCCCAUCGGCUGCGAUGGAUACAUCGCGAUGUGAAACCUGACAAUUUCCUUAUAUCCGCCUCUGGCCAUCUGAAGAUUUCAGAUUUCGGUCUAGCCUUUGAUGGUCAUUGGUCUCAUGACCAAGCGUAUUUCAAUAACCACAGACACUCAUUGUUGAAGAAACUGGGUAUUACCAUUGAAGGCGACAAGCAGGAUCGUGAGGAAGCGAAUGCUGCAGCGAAUGCUCCCCCAGGGACGCGCCCCGAGCAACCAAACAAUGAAGAAGAGGACAGAGGCCCUGGGCCGAAUGAAACCCUUCUCCAGUGGCGCAACAGAAAGGAGAAGAGAAGACUCGCGAAGAGUGUUGUGGGAACCAGCCAGUAUAUGGCCCCCGAGGUCAUUCGGGGUGAACCGUACGACGGCAGGUGUGAUUGGUGGAGUAUCGGAAUCAUAUUAUACGAGUGCCUAUACGGGUAUACACCCUUCGCCUGCGAGAACCGUCAAGAAACAAAACUGAAGAUUCUCCAACAUCCUCGAACAUUGCACUUCCCGGUGGAGAAGCCUUCCGACAAACUUGUCUCUGCUGAAGCAAUAGACCUCAUCAGUCAGAUUGUGCAAGAAAAGGAGUACCGGCUAUGUUCGAGAAAGUACAUGCUAAAUGACUUUGUACAUUCGAAAAGGGUCCCCGGGGAGCUCCUGAAUCUCCCGGCUGAUCGCCAAAGCAAGGACUACAGAGGAUUUUAUGUGUAUCCUGAAGAUGCAGGAGAUAUCAAAGCACAUCCAUUCUUCAGAGGAAUCCGAUGGGACGACAUCCAUUUACGGAAGCCACCAUUCGUCCCCAAGGUAAAGAGUUGGGAAGACACGAAGUACUUCGAUGAAGAGGAGCCGAUCAGUGAUAUUGACGACACGUCAAGCCAUAGUGACAUACCGGAUGCAAUUCCUAGUCCCAAUCAAGAUCCGGAUACUCAUAUGCCUGACGCAGUCAAUUCCAACUCUCCUAUUGAGUCUCAAAUGCAGUCUCCGGAUCUGGGACAACAGAUGACCGAUGGCGCGGGCGCUGCAAAUCCGUCUCGACUUCAGUCCGUCACUAAGAUCAUCCCCAAGAUCCACAAGAAAAAGAAGGAGAAGAAGAGACCCCGGGACAAAAUAUUGCGAGAUGAUGCUGUGGGGCAGACAGUUCUGGACAUUCGGAAGAGAGGCGCUUUCUUGGGCUAUACGUAUCGUCGGCCGAAAGCCGUAAUGGCAGCUCUCGAACUCGAAAGAGGCAGGUCAUUGAUGUCCCGAGAUAUGCUAGACCUUUCUUGAUCAGAGCCCCUGCUGCUGAACUGCUCUGGUCAGGUUUGGGAGAUGCAACGAGGUCGCGUCAUUGUUAUACAUUGUUUAGGCUUAUUAACCACCUGACAUAUUGCUACUUACUCUCUUUGAGGUGAAGGGCCUCAGGCGUUCUUUAGUCCGUUUGCAAAGGACGUAUAGUGACGAAUCAUCUUUAAUAACAGUCAAGAUCAUUAACAGAAUUGACUUU